AUGAGCGAUCGCGACGAUGGGCUUUACGCCGACCAAGCGUCCCCCGUCUACGGCCAAGACCCAGAGAAGAACAGCACCAGAGCCGGCAACUACGAACAUGUUCAUAUCCACGGACUCGAGACUUCACCUGACACGUCAUUACACCGCGGUCUCAAAGCACGCCAAAUUUCCAUGAUCGCCAUCGGAGGUGCUUUGGGCACCGGUUUGAUUAUCGGAACAGGGAAAUCCUUGGCCCAGGCUGGACCUGGAAGUCUCCUCAUCUCAUAUUUAGCCAUGGGAUUCCUGGUUUCCAUGGUGAUGGGAUCUCUUGGCGAAAUGGCGGCUUUCCUUCCCCUUGCGGGCUUCUCGAGUUAUGCCUCGCGGUACUGUUCGAGCUCACUUGGAUUUGCGACCGGCUAUACAUAUUGGUUCAAAUACAUUAUUACGACCCCCAAUCAGCUGACUUCUUUGGCCAUAUGUUUUCAAUUCUGGGUCCCACGAGAGACCGUCAAUCCAGGUGUUUUCAUUGCCAUAUUCCUGGUUCUUAUCGUUGUCAUCAACUACCUCGGAAUCGAGCUCUUCGGCGAGUUGGAAUUUUGGCUCUCCUCUUUCAAGAUUAUCAUUCUCCUGGGAAUUAUUCUUUUCUCCCUGGUUAUUGCGUGCGGGGGAGGUCCAAAUGGGGACGCCCCGGGCUUCCGAUACUGGCAUAAUCCGGGUGCCUUUGCAGAGCUUUAUGACACGGGUGCCUUGGGCAAGUUCCUUGGCUUCUGGUCCGUCAUGGUCAAUGCCACCUUUGCUUACCUUGGAACGGAACUCGUCGGUGUCACUGCUGCUGAAGCUCAGAACCCUCGCCGAAACAUCCCCAGAGCAAUCAAACUCACCUUUAUACGAAUCUGCGUAUUCUAUAUCCUCAGUGUUUUCCUCCUUGGCAUGAUUGUGCCCUACAACAGCCCCGAACUUUCAUUUGCCAACAAAGCAUCGGUUGGAGCGAGUGCAUCACCAUUUGUUGUUGCGGCGUCCGUCGCGGGAGUAAAGUUCCUGCCGCAUUUGAUAAAUGCCUGCAUAAUAAUUUUCGUAUUGUCCGCCAGCAAUAGUGAUCUUUACAUUGCCAGCCGGACGCUCUACAGCAUUGCGUCUGACGGGAAUGCUCCCGCUAUCUUCAAGCGUACGAACAAGCGUGGGGUGCCGUACCCAGCGCUUUUCCUCUGCUCAGCCGUUGCGUGCUUGGCGUUUCUCAACGUUUCCACGAGCUCAACAGUGGUCUUUGGGUACUUCGUUAACCUUGUCACCAUCUUUGGUAUUCUAACUUGGAUCUCCAUCCUCAUCACCCAUCUCUUCUUCCUCCGCGCCCGUCGCGCCCAAAACAUUCCCGACAGCAGCAUGCCAUAUGUCGCUCCCCAGGGCUACUGGGGUACCGCCAUAGCCCUCUUCUUUACCAUCCUCGUCAGCUUGACCAAGAACUUCGACGUCUUCAUCCACACUCCUGCGCGCCAAUUCGACUACAAGAACUUCAUCACCGGCUACUUGGGGAUUCCCCUUUACAUCCUCCUCUUCUUCGGCCACAAGCUCCUUACCGGGAGCAGGAUCCUGAAGCCUCACGAGGUUGACUUCUUGACUGGAAAGGAUAUCAUUGACCAACAAGAGAAGGAGUACUUGGAGGAGCAGGAAGCCAAGCGCGCCAAUGCCGAGGGUGCACACAAAUUUUACGACCGCUAUGUGUCAUGGCUGUUUUAA